AUGCUGUAUGGUAAAAUAGUAGUUAUCAAACGGACUGGGGCAGAUGGGGCACAAUUUCCCUUGACAACUUCAGUAUGUUUAUUUGGAAGAUCCAAUGAGUGUGACAUACGCAUCCAGUUACCAAAUGUAUCCCGGGAACACUGUAAAGUCACUGUGGAUGAUAAGGGAAAGGUGUUCUUGAGCAACCUGAGCACUAUAAACCCAAUUAAAGUGAAUGACAAAGUUGUUCACGGUGACAUCCAGUUGAAGAAUAGUGACGUUUUCACAAUUAUUGAUAGGUCUUUUCGCUUUGAAUUACCUGAAGGAUCUUCAGCCUCUCCAAAGAAAAUGAAUUCCCCAGCUAAAGUUUCAACCCCCAAGACAAAGUCUUCAUCACCCAUUAAGUCUGUUAAUCAAAGAAAACCUUUAUCCCCAUCAAACCGGGAGUUGGAUCUCCAGCCAGCUGUUGCACCGAAAUCUCCAAGUAAAGUUUCAAAAAAGAAUGCCACGCCCAAUGCCAAGACACCAUCUGGAGCUGUAGCAAGUGUGCCUUCAACACCAAGGGGAUCUGGUGAUGACUGUCAGCAUAAAAUUCUAACUCCCAAGGCUAAACCACCCCGGACACCUUCAUUAAAAACACCUGUUAGUCAAGGCACUGACAAGUCCGAGAAUAGUCAUGAAGCAAGAGGCAGAAGCGCAACACCAGCAAAAACUCGAGUUCAGUCACCAUCUCCUGCUGCAAGAUCAGUAAAGGAGCAUACUCCUAGGUCCACUACACCAAAAGCUGUUCAAAAAGCAGCAAAGUCAGCAACGCCUUCUGGAUCUCCUAAUGGUGCAGCUGUUAAGUCAAAAUCGGUGGAAAAGACUCCAAAGAUGACACCUAGACCUGCCAGUCCUAAAGCUACUACCCCGAAGGCUACUCCUAGAGCAGUAACCCCAAAAACAACACCUAGACCUGCCAGUCCUAAAGCAGUUACACCGAAAGCAACAGCUAGAGCAGGUACCCCCAAAACAACACCAAGACCUGCCAGUCCUAAAACUGUUACCCCGAAGGCAACUCCUAAAUCUGCUACCCCAAAGGCAACUCCUAGAGCUGUUAGCCCAAAAACAACACCUAGACUUCCCAGUCCUAAAGCUGCUACCACGAAGGCAACUCCCAAAGCAGUUUCUCCCAAGGCAUCACCUAGAACUGCCAGUCCAAAAGCUGUUACACCGAAGGCAACUCCUAAAGCUGUUUCCCCUAAGGCAACACCUAGAAUUGCCAGUCCUAAAGCCUCUACACCGAAGGCAACAUCUAGAGCUGCCAGUCCCAAAGCCUCCACACCGAAGGCAACACCAAGAGCUGCCAGUCCUAAAGCCUCUACACCGAAGGCAACACCUAGAGCUGCCAGCCCCAAACCCUCUACACCGAAGGCAACACCUAGAGCUGCCAGUCCUAAAGCCUCUACACCGAAGGCAACACCUAAAGCUGCCAGUCCUAAAGCCUCUACACCGAAGGCAACACCUAAAGCUGCCAGUCCUAAAGCCUCUACACCGAAGGCAACACCUAGAGCUGCCAGUCCUAAAGCCUCUACACCGAAGGCAACACCUAAAGCUGCCAGUCCUAAAGCCUCUACACCGAAGGCAACACCUAGAGCUGCCAGUCCUAAAGCCUCUACACCGAAGGCAACACCUAGAACAUCAUCUCCAGAGGCAGGAAUAAAGAAGACAACUCCCUCCACAGAAGGAAGACGAAAGUCAAUGCCAGCAGGAAGCCCAUAUGUUCCUAAAACUGCAUCUCUGAAGAAGAAUUUAUCUGAGCUGAGGCGACGCUCACAACCUGUACUGGAAUCAGCCAGCCCAAGACAGUCAGGAUCACCAAAGACACCAGAUAACAGGAAAAGAAAAUCAACAGAAUCUAUUGCACCAAGUUCUAAAAGGAAGCGAGUAUCUUUUGGUCCUCAAUUGAGUCCAGAACAUUUUGACAAGCAAUUGCCACCUAUUACUCCUGUCAGGAAAGGAGCAACUCCAAGGAGACGCUCGGAACCUCUAAAAAGAACGUCUCCCCAGUCAUUGUUAAAACGAAGAUCAAUUGCACCAAAGACUACUCCAAUCAAGGAAGAAAGUCCUGCAAAGUCUCCGAAUACAUCUAAAUCUUCAAAGACUACUACACCAUCAACAGCAAAAUCUCCUGUAGUAUCGCCAAAAGCUGCUUCCCCUAAGGCCACAACACCUGGCAGGGCAAAAUCACCUGUAACCUCACCAAAAGCCGUUACCCCCAAGAUUGCAACACCAGCAAGAGCAAAAUCUCCUGCAGUGUCGCCAAAACCCACUUCCCCCAAGGGGGCAACACCUGACAGGACAAAAUCUCCUGUACCGUCACCAAAAGCCUCUACACCCAAGGUUGCAACACCAGCAAGAGCAAAAUCUCCUGCAGUGUCGCCAAAACUCACUACCCCCAAGGGGGCAACACCUGGCAGGGCAAAAUCUCCUGUAACCUCACCAAAAGCCUCUACACCCAAGGUUGCAACACCAGCAAGAGCAAAAUCUCCAGCAGUGUCGCCAAAAGCCGCUACUCCCAAAGCAGCAACACCUGCAAGAGCAAAUUCUCCAAAAGUGUCACCAAAAGCCACUACUCCCAAGGCAGCAACACCUGCCAGAGCAAAAUCUCCUACAGUGUCACCAAAAGCCAGUACUCCCAAGGCAACAUCUCCAGCUACAACACCGGCAAAGAAGAGUUCCUCCAAAGCCUCUAAAAGAAAAUCUCAAGGGAGAGGAAUCGGUGAUGCUUCUUUCACUGGGAUAAAGCGUCUAUUAAAGACUCCAAAAUCAAAAGCUAAUGUGUCUGCAGACAUCAGUUUCACAGGCAUCCAGGAAAUGAUGAUGACACCAACUGUGAUGACAAGUACACCUAAAAUGUCUAGCAAAAAGAAAAGACGAGUAAGCACUGGUAGUUUGGGAUUAUCCACAAAGAAACAGCUUUUAACUCCAUCGAAGUCUGCAAAGAACAAGACCCUUGACAGGAGUUUUGAUUUAUUGGAAGCUGUGAUGCAAAGUCCAGUUAAAUCACCAAAGGCAGAUGGGAAUGUUUCAUCUCCAAUUAAGCUCAUGACUCCCAAGCAAGAUACUCCCACAUCAGUUAAGAAAACAUCUAAAUCCCCCAAGACUCCCAAAUCUGGCAAAAAGACCCCCAAAACAGAUACACCUAAAUCUGCAAAGAAGACGCCCAAAGUUAUCAAAAAGACCCCCAAACCAAAUACCCCUAAAUCUGCAAAGAAGACACCAAAAUUGAUUAAAAAGACACCCAGAACAACACCUAAGCUUGGAAAGACACCCAGAUCAGUAUCGAAAAAAUCAGCCAAGAAAGGCUCCCCUCCAACUGCUCUUAAAAAUGCUGUUGCUUUAAGAGCAAUCCAUGGUAAGGCUGCAGUGCCAAGUCUGGGAGGAAGUUGGUCCGACAUACUCAAGAAAGGAAUCAUGGAGAAGGGAGUGGCCAGAAAAAUGUCUCCAAUUCGUCCCAAACCUGUACAUGUAAAGAAAACUUCAUCUAAAACACUUAAGGCUCCCCCUAAGACUCCCAGAACUAUGGCUGCAAAAAAAGCCCCUACAACAGGACAUGUCAACUCUCCAGGAACCCUGGUAAUUCACAAGAAAUCAUCAAAAACACCAAAAGUUCUGCCUAAAAAGGGCCGCAAGAGUGUAGCUAGAAAGGUUGUCAAGAAAAUUGCAGGUGAUAUGAACGUGACGCUUUCUGGUUUGACUGAUCUGUUUGAGUCCCCAAAAAGGACACCAAAAUCAUCACCAAAAACACCUGCAUCUGUAGGUACACCUCAUUCCCUGUACUCGGACAUCCCAGAUACACCAAAUGGUCCUGGAGAGAUGAUUGUGUCACCCAUUUCUACUGGAAAGAAACGCAAAUCUGCUCCUUCUCCUAAACUUAUUGGUGUUAAAAACCUUUUCAACAGGAAAAAAUCUCCAAAGGCAGCAAGUCCAACUGGCAUAAAAAGAUUGAUAGCUACUCCAAAACAGAAAUCAUUGGCAGCCAGUCCAUCAGGAAUCGCUGACUUAUUCAAGACACCCAAGGUUACACCAGCUAAGGCAACGCCCAAGGUUACGCCAGCCAAGGCAACACCCAAGGUUACACCAGCUAGGGCAACACCCAAGGUUACGCCAGCUAAAGCAACACCCAAGGUUACGCCAGCCAAGGCAACACCCAAGGUUACCCCAGCUAAGGCAACACCCAAAGUUACACCAGCCAAGGCUACACCCAAGGUUACACCAGCUAAGGCAACGCCCAUGGUUACACCAGCCAAUGCUACACCUAAGGUUACACCAGCUAAAGCUACACCCAGCGUCACACCAGCAGCAAAGACACCUCAAGUUGCUUCAUCAAGCAGAAAGAACCUGAAGUCAACAAAGAAAUCUGCUGCAAAGAAAGUGUCAUCACCCAGAAGAGGAAGAAAAAGGCCAGCCACAGAAGCUGUAUCGCCAGCUGUGCCUAGUAAGGUGGUGAAAACCAAUGAUGCUGUAGAAUCAUCCAUUCUUCCAAAACAAUCCACUCCUACAAAACCAUUGUCAAGAUCAAGGAGUGUAAAGAAGUCGCCCACAAAGUCUCCAGCUAAAGGAAGAUCAACACGAGGGAGAAAGGCGGUCGCCAAAUCUCCAAUCAAAAAGACAACAAUUACAACAAAGACAAUACCAGAACCAGUUGCAGUUAAUUCUCCCAAGGUAGAAGUACAGAGAAGCCGAAGAGGAGGACCUGCAAAGAAAAAGCUCCCAACUCCUAAAAAGGAUUCACCAGUAAAAAAGGGAAAGCGGGGAGCUGCUAUUGAAAAUAAAGCACAGAGUGCAGAGGAAACUAAAGCAUCACCUGCAAAAACUGUAUUAGUGCCAAGCCCAAAGAAAUCUUCUCUUGUGAAGAAGACGAAAAGAGGCACUGCAGUCAAAACACCCUCGCCUGUUAAGAAAACGCCUGCAAAGAGAAGCAGAAGGGGUGCUCCUGUUGAGAAGUCAGUCAAGGCAGAUACUCCAAAGGCAGCAACGCCUGUCAAGAAGACAAGAAGAGGUGGUGCAGUUAAACAGACUCCUGAUAAACUAGCAGAAGAGAAGGCUGGAACUCCAGUGAAGGUAGCAUCGAUGAGUACAAAGAAAAUUGCUGAUAAUGUUGAGAAACCCGUCAAGACAACAACACCUGUGAAAAGGACUAGACGGGGUAGCUCAGCUAGACAAACAUCUGAUAAGACAGCAGAGGUAAAAGUCAAAACUCCAGCAAAGGCAGCACCAACUAGUGGAAAGAAAGCACAAGUCAAGAAGGCAUCAGAUGUGGAUGACAAAACAGCUUCAACAGUAUCUCCAGUAAAGAGAAGUAGAAGGGGUGCACCAAUAGUAAAAUCACCAAUUAAGAAAAUGAAAGUAAGUAAGAAGGAAGAGGAAAAGGCAAAAUCUCCUGCAAAAAAGACACAAAAGAAAGUGGAAAAAGUUGCAACUCCAGCAAAGGUAGCAACUCCAGCAAAGUCUCCUAAAAAGACUCCAUUGAAGCGGGGUCGACGUGGAGUAGCAGCUGUUAUCACACCUGUUAAAGAAGCUCCAGCAAAGCCUGCGUCAAACCGAGGAACAAAGAGGAAAGCCACUGAGAAACAGGAGAGUCCAGCAAAGGUACCUAAAAUUGCAGCUCCAGUUGAGGAUAAGAAGCCUUCACCUGUAAAGAAAAGUGGAAGAGGGGCAGCAGCAAAAGCUGCUUCACCAGCCAUGGUCAGUCCAGUGAAGGUAAAGCGCACGAGAGGAAAAGUAGUCACACUAGUAAAGGCUGCAUCACCAGUAAAGAAGAAUGCUGAGAAAGAAAAGGUAGAAAGUCCAGUUAAACCUUCACCUGCUUCUAAACCUAGUAAAGGAAACAAAAGGAAGGCUAUUAAGGAAGACACCAAACCUGUUGAAAUUGUUUCCCCAGCAAAAGAUUCUACAACAAAGAAAGGUAAAAAGGUAGCUACUAAAACAGUCAAAGUUGCUACACCAGCCAAAGAUAGUCCAGUUAAAGCAAAACGUGUCACCAGGGGAAAACCGGCCAGUCCAACAAAAAAAUCACCGGUGAAAACAAAAACAGUGGCAGCAAAGGCAACGAAAAAGGCAAAUUCUGCCAAAAAAGCAUCCACUCCUGUCAAACGUACAACAAGGAGUAGGAAGUGAAAUCUUUUAAAACUUUCCACACAUACCUCUGAAAUGUACAUAUUUUAUAUAGAAGUAUUCUCACUGUAAAUAUCUAAAUGUAAUUAUAUAUAUUUUUGUAAAUGCCUCAACUUAGAUGUAUCAUGUUAAAAACAUUUCAAUUGAUCUCAAUUAACAUAUGUUUUGAAAGUUAUCAAUAAUUGCUCUUUUAAGAAGUUCAGUUUAACUUGGAUAUCACAAA